UAAUGCAGAGUAUCAUCAAAAUUUUCCUUCCGGUGCUAGUUGUCCACGUUUGCCGUGCGCAACCCGCCGAGGUACCCGGAACACUUCAGACCACUUCAUCACUUUUUCUACCGGACGCAACAGCAGCUUUCACGUGCACUGCUGGAAGUUUCGAUUCGGGUUGCAAAGACUGUAGCACGCUUAUCCAAUGUUUGGGCAGUUUGAUGGCCCUUGAGAUAAAGUGUCCAGCACUUGCACCAUACUGUAAGAAAGGAUCGUGUUCUACACGCAUUGAUUCUGACGCAGGUUGCGGCUUUACUCCCAUCAUGUGCACCGGAGAAGGGAUAUUCCCAGAUCCAAAUACUUGUUAUGUAUAUCAUUAUUGUGUGGAAACAUAUAUGAAUUCGGAAGUCUACGUUUGCCCUGCUGGAUACGUCUUCGACGCCACCACCUUGCAGUGUAAACCUUCGUUUUUUGGCAUGGGCUGUGUGACCGUUAAAUGUCCCAAUUCGACAGGUGUAGGAACAUACGGGAAUAGUAAAACUUUUUAUGCUGUUUGUGUCUACGACUGGAAUGCUCUUUCCUUAAUCAUGAUGGUGAAAUGUUCGAAUGGAGCAAUAUUUGACGGUAAAAAAUGUGUAUACCAGUGUGAAAAGGAAGGCAGUUUCACUGAUACUAAUAACUCUAGUAAAUACUACCAGUGCUAUGAACUCAACGGUAGUUGGGGAUAUUAUCAUCUCAGUUGUCCGGAUGGUGGAAAAUUUGAUGCUGCUAAACAAGUAUGUGUUUUCAGUACAUGACUCGGUAGUCUAGAGCUAAUAAUCAACUCUGUCAAUAUAAUUCAUUAAUUUUA